CUGGUGGCCACUUCUUGGGCCCGGGGGCGGGGCGAGAGAGAAGACCUGACUAGGGACCCUUCAGCUGCCCAAAGCACCCGCUGCUGGAGACCUCGCCGGCGCCCUGGACCUCUCGCUUUUCUCGUCCGCUCCCCGCGCCUGCACAGCCAGGUAAUGAACCCGCUCGCAGAGGGACUCUGGUUCUGUUAGGCGGACACACAAACCCGGAAAAGCGCGCCGCACACCUCAGAGUUAGAUCCCGCUGGACCCUGGAUCCCGGGCUGGCGCGGCCGGCAUGUCGGAUGCGCGGAAGGGGCCGGACGAGGCGGACGACAGCCAGUGCGAUUCCGGCAUAGAGUCGCUGCGCUCUCUGCGCUCCCUGCCCGACCCUGCUGCGGCCCCAGUCUCUGGAUCAUCGCACAGCGGCUGCCCACAGCCUUGGAGCCAUGCUCCGAAGACGGACAAGGAACCAGAGGGGAAGGAAGAUGCGGAUGGAGAGCGAGCGGACUCCACCUAUGCCUCCUCCUCUCUCACAGAGUCUUUGCCCUUGCUGGAGAGACCCGAGGCCAAGGAUCCAAACCCUCACACCCCAAGCUCGCCAGUGCCCCCCGCGGGGGUGCUGAGCCCUCAGCAACUCGAGGCGCUCACGUACAUCUCUGAAGAUGGAGACACGCUGCUCCACCUGGCAGUAAUCCACGAAGCCCCAUCGGUACUAUUCUGUUGCUUGGCUUUCCUGCCCCAGGAAGUCCUGGAUAUUCAGAACAACCUUUACCAGACAGCGCUGCAUCUGGCCGUUCAUCUGGAUCAGCCAGAUGUGGUCCGGGCCCUGGUGCUGAAGGGAGCCAGCCGAAUACUGCAGGACCAACACGGUGACACAGCCCUGCAUGUAGCCUGUCAGCGCCAGAAUCUGGCCUGUGCGUGCUGCCUGCUGGAGGAGCAGCCAGAGCCGGGCAGACAGCCAUCUCAUCCCCUGGACCUCCAACUGAAGAACUGGCAAGGUCUGGCCUGUCUCCACAUCGCCACAUUGCAGAGGAACCAACCACUCAUAGAACUGCUGCUUCAGAAUGGAGCCGACAUCGAUGCACAGGAGGGCACCAGUGGAAAGACUGCCCUGCACCUGGCUGUGGAAACCCAGGAGCGCAGCCUGGUGCAGUUCUUGCUCCAGGCUGGUGCCCGCGUAGAUGCCCGCAUGCUGAACGGGUGUACACCUUUGCACCUGGCAGCUGGCCGGGGCCUCAACAGCAUCUCGUCCACUCUGUGUGAGGCCGGUGCCGACUCGCUGCUGCUGAACGUGGAAGAUGAGACACCCCAGGACCUGGCCGAGGAUCUCCUUUCUUACUUGCCCUUCGAUGACCUGAAAAUCUCCGGGAAGCCACUGCUAUGUACUGACUGAAGCUAGGAUGGGCCCCCACCUCUUCCAAUUGGAAGCUGGAGCCACAGAUGUUGCCGUUGGGAUCCAAGCAGUGUUGCUCCUCUGCUGAUGCCAGAGCCUGGGGCUAGCAUCGUCCUAAAAUGAGAUGAAGGAUUGCAAAUGAGGAAGAGCCGAUCUGGACAGAAGAACUUCCCAGGUGGACUGGAUGGAGAUUCUUGAAAGACCCUCUAAGCCGCUGGUGUCCUGAGGGAAGCCUCCUUGCUUCUGUUGGAGAUGGCGUGGGCUGACAUUACCAGCCACCAGGAAAACAGGAAUGAGCGAACUGACCCCUGAGGGUCUUACCUAAAGUACCUUUGUGAGUGUGUUUGGCACUGGGGUCUGAACCUAGAACCUCCCCAGACCAGCGGUGGUAGGCAAGCUUACUGUAAUGGAACUCUGUCCCCAGUCCCCUUUUGGUUUUUUAUUUCGUGAUAGGAUCUCACUGAGUUGCCUGAGAUGGCCUGGAACUCGCUCUGUAGCCCAGGCAGCCACCUUUGAACGGGGAUCCUCCUGUCUCAGCCUCCUGAGUAGCUGGGAUUAUAGGUCUGGUGGCAGUGGGCCUGGAAAAGCACAGUUAUCUUAAGACUUCAAACAUAAGGCUUCCAACGGAACCUUUGGUAUUAUUCUAAUAUGACACUAAAGUGCGAGAGACAGACUUUAAAACAAUGUUUCCCUUCUACAGUUGUAUGCACAGGCCUGUGACUCCCAGGGAAAGGCAGAGAGAAGGAAGCUGGCCCCUGAGCAAGUGUAGAGCCUUGCUGGGUAUGGUAGGAGGACUGACAGUUCUCAGUCUCAUUUCCUGCCUGCACAGACACAUCUUCAUGUGGAAAUGCCCAGGAUAGGAGAGUGAGGAGGAAGAAUAUCGAGACACAUGUCCCUGGAGAAGCUUGGGGACAUUGAGCACAAGAGAACUGCAACUUUACUUCCCCCCCCCCCUUAGAGUCCACACACUGAGGGCCCUGCUAGGUCAAGCCCGUGACUGGCAUGAAAAAGGAGAAGAAAUAAACGAAUAUAGUUUCCGAUGCUUAGCGACUAUAAGCUCUAAGCAAACGCAUCCUGUGAGUGAGACAUAUUAAAAUCAUAAACAACUAAA